AUGGCGUUUAUGAUGCCUGUCGUGAAGAACGAUUGGGACAUUUACAAGUCGAACCGGUCGAGGCGCAGUUCCGAGUGCAGCAACCCGCAGAGCUGUCGCAGCCGUAAAGUGUCCGAAUGCUCCAAGUCCGAAGGGCCCAGCCUGUCCACGUCGCCCGGCAGCGACUUUCUUGUGGGGUCCCCUGCCCACCGGUCGGUGCCCGUGCAGCCGGCAGUACUCGCGCGCGUCGUCGCGGGCCUCGCAGUCCAGCCUUCAGAGCCCGAGCAAGUCGACGUCGUCGUCGCCGCCCAAGACGGGCUCGCAGUCGUCGCUCAACAAGUUCCACUCGCGGCUGGUGGACCGCCUCAAGCGCUCCCUGCGCAGCAAGGACCCCGUGGACGGCGCGGGUGCGGCGGCGGGCGCCGGCGUGGGCGCGCCCGAGACCUCCUGAGGGGCACUGCCCGUCGGGAUGGCGUGCAGCAGCCCCGUGGCGGUGCCGCCGCCGCCGGCGUCGCAGCCCGUGGCGAUCCCGUCGCGCCGACCGGGGGCGCGGGCGGCCAGCUCGUACCCGGGCCCGCAGCUGCUGAGCUCGUCGUGGCGCUCGUGAGGGGGCGUGGCCCAGCGCAGGAGGAGGAGCGCGUCGACGCUGCCGCCGCUGCCCGACGCCGCGGAGCCACCGCGGCCGGGCAGCCGCAGCACCUAACGCGUCGCCGCGCAGCGCCAACCUACAGGUUUCCUCUGCGAGGUCGCUCUACGGCUCGCCCGGCGAUGUGUCGGGCGGGAGAACUCUUGUUUCGUGUUUCCUCUGUCUUGUUAAGUCUCGUCGGUGCAUCAAGGUGGCUCUCAUGUUGAGGCUCCUUUCUACAGGAAUCUACGUUCCCGUGAGUUAUUAUUUCUAGUAUAAGAACUCUUCCUUUUUUUCUCUUUCUCUGUCAUGGAAACUCUCGUUGGUGCAUGAAGGAGGCUCUCGUUUUGAGUCUCCUUUCUAUACGAAGCUAAUUUCCCAUGAUUUAUUAUUUCUAAUAUAAGAACUCUUCCUUUUUUCUCUCUUUCUGUAAUGUAAAGUCUGGUUGGCGGACGAAAGUGGCUCUCAUGUUGAGGCUUCUUUCUAUAGAAACCUAAGUUCCCGUGAGUUAUUGUUUCUAGAAUAAGAACUCUUUUUUUCUCUCUCUCUCUCUGCCAUGUAAAGUCUCGUCGGUGCAUGAAGGUGUCUCCUUGCUACAGGAAGCUGAAUUUCCGUGCUGUGUUAUUUCUAGCGUGACAGCACUAUCUCUCCCUCUCUCGUUGGGACAGACUGGGGUGAACUCACGUAUUUCUAGUACAAGAACGAUUUUCUGUCACGUAAAGUCUCCUUGGCACAUAAGGAGUUGAGCUGCCAAUUGUUAAGUCCUUCUGACGUGGAUGCUCUUUGCUAAAUAAGGGGCUAAGCUCCUUUUUUUGAUAUUACGUUUACCGUGAGCACUUCCCGUUUGUGCCAAAGGGGUUCAGCGUAUCUUGUUAUACCUCAUGUGAGGCUCCUUUCUACAAAAGAGGUUGAAGUUACGUCGUAUGUUACUAUGUUAUCACCACCGUGAGGUAUCUCUCUUGGGACACCUCGUUGCAAUGUAAGGAGUUGAGCUCACGUGGGGGUUCUUGGCAGAUUAGAGACCAAACUCGUAAUCUGUAUUAUUUAUAGCGUGAGUUCCCUUUCUCUCUCGUGUGAGGUGUCGAUGGAAGAGGGACAAAAUACCUCUCAUAAAAAAAUUUCCAUUUAUCACGGACUGUUUUUGAGAGGUUCGACGCAGUACAGUUGAGUUUUCGACCUCCCAUUUUACCUGCUUGUCACAUGAGGAUAUCAAUCCUUAGCCUCUGCAAAGGAUUGAUGCUUUGUUUUCCCAUUUUUUGUAGUUUUCUCGAGUUUUUUUAAAUAAUAUAUUUUGCUCAAACGGUGCUUUAGGGAUAACGCGAUGUCGUGCAGACAUUUUCUUUACUACCGUAUCAUUAUUAUAUGCGACACAUCCCGUAUUUUUGAAAGAGAUUAAUCAUUUACUAUCUUUUUAUUUAUUUUAUGUUGUCGCUGUACCAAACGCAUUUGCUCGCCGAUUUUAAAACUACAUAGCUUCAUCUAUCUUCUGUAAACGUUGCUCUAGAUACUUUAUCAGUUAUCUCAAAGUUUACUUAAAGAUGUUUCAUGUAUUCGUUCAUUCAAGAAGAAGUUGUUUGCCUUUUUCAAAUUCUUCUUUUUUACUCUAAUAGUAUUUACCGCCGUCAAUUACCGCAGAAAUUUGUUUCUCAAACGAUAAAAAAUAAUUCAAAACCAGCACUCGAAUUUUCCCUUUUGAACUCGAAAUAUUAUUUUCAGCACUCGUGGAUGAAAACCAGUGCCUACCUUCACUGUCUGUUGAUUCGAAAGUGUUACUUUACAGCACGCGCAUGUCGAAACAGACCUUCGGUUCCUAUCGUUUCCUAGUAGGCCCCAUUUCAUUCGUACGCCGAAGACAUACUUGCUGGACGUGUUACGUAAAUAACUGUUUCCGAACGAAUGCAACGCGGUUCUGCGCACCACUGCAGCCCGUCACCGACACUCCGUUCAUGUCGUAAUGCAACUUCACCGUCUGUGUACGUCUACUAGAAUUCAGUGGGAAAUAUAGCUAUUCAAAUUAUCGUGCUCAGUUAUGUCGCGGCGGGAAGUAUUAUUCCUUCACCAAGGACAUGAUGAGGGAUACGAGACGAAAUCUAUAGCUGAUUUACCCUUAA